GACUGAGGACGAGUGAGAGGGACCAGCCAGCCAGCUAGCCAGCCAGCCAGUGUUUCGUGCUUCCAAUCUCAAGCCAAGCAGGUCGGACCCACCAAGAAAGAGGAAUCCCAACCCACUCUCUCACUCACUCACUUAGUUAUUGCUCAGUGAGUGUGCAUGGAAAAGACAGAGGACGGACUAGCCGAAGUGCUCUAGUGAUACAGUGAUCCGUGCUCUUGUGGACUGGGUGAUUUUAGUCCCGGAUCUUGGCGGCGUGUUGAGCGUGUUGAUUCUCUGGGAAGUGGUGAUGAGGAGCCGGUGGUGGUGUUGGCGGCGGCCUUGUCUCAUCUCGGCCUUCACACGCACCCGCCUCCGUGAACUCCCAAGGGCAGGGUGGACUCAAUAAGGCGUAGAUUAAGAAGAGAUUUGCCUGGCCUUAGUCCUUGAGGCCCAGGGAAUUUGAAUUGUUAGUGUAUGAGAGUCGAUCACGCCUUUGGAUCAACAUGAAGAAAGGAGUGGACCAUCCGCGUCAUCAGAGCUACGGCUACAGCCGCAUUCACACGCCAGGCGGGGCUGGACGCACCCUCAUGAGCUUAGUCCUGGUUGGGGCCCUUUUCACGGGCAGUGUCACGGGUUUGAACCGUUUAAGUGAUUAUGUGGAGCACUAUGAGCCUUUGCAUUACGAUCCCAGUCCGAUUCGAGCGGAUCAUGUGCGACACAAGCGCUCUCUGCCGGAUGAAGAUCACCGGGUCCGCUUGGACUUUGUGGCUCAUGGCCAACGUUUCCAAAUGGAACUCAAGAGGGAUCAUUCAGUCUUUCACAACGAUCUAUCCAUUCAUGAUAACGAUGAUCGACCCAUCACCCACGUUUUAGAUACCUCACACAUCUACGAGGGCAAACUCUUAGAUGAUCCUGACAGUCAUUGUUUCGGUGCAAUACGGGAUGGCGUGUUCGACGGUCAGAUCUCGACCCGUCGUGGAACUUAUUUCGUGGAGCGCGCUAGCCGAUAUGCUCACAUUGAUCUCAACUCUGCUCAUCAAGCAAAGCCCACCACCGCCAAUCCAAGAUAUGGUAGAUUCGGCCAGAUGGAGCCAGAGCCCGUGGUUGGCAACAAAACCAUUCAUUCUGUGAUAUAUCACGAAGCACACGUCAACGAUCCGUUUCGACAUGGGAAGUACGGCCAGACUCAAGGCGGCGGCUGUGGCGUGUCUGACUCAGUCCAGAAAUGGAUGGAAAACAUUCAAAUUUCAAACGAAGCGUCCCUGCCCAGUUCAAGCAACGCCUCCAUGGACCAAGCUGGUCAGGAUGAACAAGAGGAGCUUCCCUCUGUGGUGCCAUUGUAUUCGAAUGAGAUCCCCAAAUUCAAGUAUUCGGCUGAGGCCAAUGAUCCACUGAGGAGGACCAAGCGAUCCAUUACCAGUCCCAACAAGAAGAAGUCAUGCUCUCUUUACAUACAAACAGAUCCAUUGUUUUGGAAACAUGUGCAUGCUCAGGAGGGAGACGAUGACAAAACCCAAGAGGAGAUUCUGUCCUUGAUUGCCCAACAUGUGAAGGCAGUCAAUCGGAUUUAUUCGGAUACACCUUUCGAUGGGAAAUACAAGCACAAUGGCUACCAAUUCGAGGUGCAACGGAUCAAAAUUCAUAAUGACUCCCAAUGUAAAAGCUCGGGCAAGGUUCCCGCGGAUCAGAACCAGUUCUGUAUCCCCAAUGUGGAUGUGUCCAAUUUCCUCAAUCUGCAUUCCAAGUCCAAUCACGAGGAGUUUUGUCUGGCAUAUGUCUUCACCUAUCGUGACUUCACAGGAGGAACUUUGGGCUUGGCUUGGGUGGCUUCAGCUUCAGGUGCGUCCGGAGGAAUUUGCGAGACGUACAAGCGCUACACGGAAAAUAUCAAUGGUGUGCAUCAUACUGCCAAGCGAAGUCUCAACACCGGGAUCAUCACCUUUGUCAACUACAACUCCCGAGUCCCACCCAAAGUCUCCCAGCUCACGCUAGCUCACGAAAUUGGGCACAAUUUUGGCUCACCCCACGAUUACCCGCAAGAAUGCCGUCCCGGAGGUUUAGCCGGGAACUACAUCAUGUUCGCGUCCGCCACUUCUGGCGACCGGGAUAACAAUAACAAGUUCUCACAUUGCUCCAAGUCCAACAUUUCGGCCGUAUUAGAUGCCAUCGCUGAUGGGCAAAAGCCGAAUUGCUUCACAGAAUCCGACGGAGCCUUCUGCGGCAAUAAGAUCGUGGAAGAAGGCGAGGAAUGUGAUUGCGGGUUUGACGAUCACGAAUGUACAGAGACUUGUUGUUAUCCGAGAAAGUCGGCAGAGUUGACGGAUGAGGAGAAUAAGCGAAAUCGAUGUCGACGGAAACCCGACACGGAAUGCAGUCCUAGUGAGGGACCCUGUUGUUCCAACCGAUGCCAGUUCACCCAAAGGUCGGAGAGAGUGCAAUGUAAGAAUGAGGAUGAUUGCACCAUGGCCGCCACUUGUGAUGGGCAACAGGCCCGAUGUCCGAGGCCUCUAUUCAAGCCGGAUAAUAUCACGGAAUGCCACGAAGGUACUCAAGUCUGUCAAGAGGGCGUGUGUCAGAGCUCGAUCUGUCUCAAGUUCGGGUUGGAGUCGUGCUUCCUUACCAGCGAUAUCGUUCAGAGCAAACGUGAGCUCUGCGAAUUGGCCUGUCGGAAACCCGGAGCCAGUAACAAUACCUGCAUGUCCACGACUGACUUGUUGGGCUCGGGAUUCAUCCGACCUGAUGAUUUGACGGAGGGUCUGACCUUGAGACCGGGAUCGCCAUGUGACAACUUCCAAGGAUACUGUGACGUGUUCCUGAAGUGUCGGAAAGUGGAUGCUGAAGGUCCCCUGGUGCGACUCAAGAAUCUAAUUCUGAACGAGGAGACACUUCUCACUAUCCGAGAAUGGGUGACGGAAUAUUGGUACGUGGUACUGUUGUCCAGCAUUGCUUUGGUGAUCUUCAUGGCCAUUUUCAUCCGAUGUUGUGCCAUUCAUACACCCUCGUCCAAUCCGCAUCUUCCAAAGAACCUUCAUUUGACCGAGACUUUGCGGCGGCCAGUGCGGUCUCUGCAGCAAAAGGGUGUGUAUGUUGGUUCAUGGGUCAUUCAAAACAACGCCCCUGUCCCGCCCAAGCACUACCGGCCAGCCAAUCCCGGUCAUGGCCAGCCAAAUCUUCAACAGAACCAUCAUGGAAGUGGGGCAGGACCUUCGAGAGCUCCACCCCCUUACCCUGGGACGAAUGCCCCCGGUGCACCUAUGCCCGGACCAGGUCAUGGUUAUGGCGAAGGGCGAGGUCAUUACAAUCGUUCUCGAAGCUAUGACGAACGACAAGCGCUGGGAGCGGUGGGUGGUCCGGCUGCCCUUAAUCAUGCGGUCCCCAGUGGGCGUGACCGUCGUUCGGGUGGACACCAAGGCAAUCGCUCCAGUCGGAUAGAGAUGACACCCAUGCGAUAGGAGAUCAUUAUGAUUAUAUGGUUUGAUUAAUAGUAAACAUAUACAUUCUUACUCACAUAUGAAUGCGAAUGAGCGUAGUAAAAUUGAUGAGUUUUCUCCUCUUGCCAGUACCAAUUGUCAACCAAUCAAAAAAAAAGAACUUAACUUGUUUCUCUUAAUCCCCUGUUCAAUAUAAGCCAAAAAAUGACAUUAGCAAUCCCGUCUUAGUGUUCUAGGAAAAAUAAUAAACACGAUCACAUCCUCUCUAAAAUAAAUGUUUUUUUUUUCUUAUGA